UGAGCAGGGAGUAAAUGAUGGGCGUAUAGAGAGAGGAUUCAGAGUGAUGGCAAUUUAUAAUUACUGACUGCUAAUGUGAAAUACAGCGGAUCAUUCCGAACAAUCAGCUGUUUCCCGGAUAAUCCGGACUUAAGCGACAGUAGUUUUCCACUUGACUGCUUUUUUGCAUCUCCCGGAACCAUCAAGUCCGCUUAGAUCACCUAUAAUAUUAGAGCUGAUGAUACUUUUCCUUAACGAUCAGUAAUGAACUCAGGCAUUCUGGGUCUUCUUUGAGCAAUUGGCCAAUUCUUAGAAUGUAUUGGAUUGUCUGCCGUUUUGUGUUGAUGGACCAUCGUUCUAUAGGCUUUUAAUCAAGAGAAGCACCAAAUUAACGACUCCUCAUGGUCUUUCCGAAUGUCUGGCGAAGAUGACGUCACGGAUUGUGUUGAUCAGUGCAUUUUGUUGCAUCUUGGGAUUUCUGGUCAGAUCAGCUGAUGCGGUGGGUACGGACGACCCCCGGGUCCGGCUGACAGACGAGCAGAGGUUGUACAAGGAGCUGUUACGUAACUACGAUAGGAACACACGACCGGUCUAUAACGCCUCCCACCCUGUCAACGUCAACAUCAGUAUCUCCCUCACCCAGAUCUUUGAUGUGGAGGAAAAAAAUCAAGUGCUUACUACCAAUAUUUGGUUGGAUCAGAGCUGGAAGGACGAGAAGCUUGGCUGGGACCCCGCCCACUACAACAAUCUGACCGUCCUGAGGAUCCCGUGUAACAACAUCUGGCUACCCGACAUUGUCCUCUACAACAGCGCCGAGGAUUACACCGGGGGGUACAUGGAGGCGCUGGCCAUGGUCUCCUAUGACGGCACGGUGUUCUGGCCGCCCAUCGUCAAGUUCCGCAGCACGUGUGAGAUUGACAUUACAUACUAUCCGUUCGAUGACCAGCUCUGUAAGAUGAAGUUUGGCAGCUGGGCCUACGACGGGUCUCAAGUCGAUGUCUUCAACACGACAAAAGGGGUGGAUCUCACGAACUUUGUACGUAACGGGGAGUGGGAACUUCUCAGUGUUAAAUCCAUACGUCACAACAUCCGGUACCCAUGCUGCUCGGAGAUGUUCCCGGAUGUGACGUUUUGGAUUCACCUGAAGCGACGCACGCUGUAUUACACGUACAACGUGAUCAUCCCGUGUGUGAUGCUGUCCAUUCUGACGAUGGUGGGGUUCUGGAUCCGCCCCGAGAGCGGGGAGAAGGUGUCCCUGGGACUGACCGUGCUGCUGGCCUUCUCUGUCUUCAUGCUCCUCAUUGCAGAGAACAUGCCCGCCACCUCCAACUUUGUUCCGCUCAUAGGUAUAUAUCUUACCACAGUUAUGGCUCUGACGUCAUUUUCCGUCAUCAUGGCCGUCGUGACGUCAAACAUCAAUUUACGGGGAUUCAAAGAGGUGGAUCUACCCAGGUGGUUACGCAAAUUAAUCAUAGUUUGUGCUAAAAUCAAUUGUAUGAAACUGGCGUACGUUACGACGGCAGACUGUGGAACCGUGGACGAUAGGCACGGAAAGGAAAAGUAUUAUCAGAUGCACACGACCUUCUCCAACGACUCGGGGUGUGCUCUAAUAGAUUAUGAAAACAACAGCACAAAACAGAAAUGCGAGAUGCAUGGCAACAGUACGGAACACGUGCAGGGGGAGAUGGGGGUGUGUAACGACUCAUGGGUGACCAGGGAGAUCCUGGCGCGGCUCCAGAUGUUGGUGGACAAGGAGGAGGAGAAGGAGAGGAGUGACCUAGUUUGUAAGCGCUGGAUGGAGGCCGCCGAGGUGAUCGACAGGUGUCUGUUCUGGCUGUUUAUCUUCGGUACAUUGUUUUCAACAAUCAUCCUAUUGGUGGUGAUUCCCUCUAUCCGGCCCUAUGACAACCACGGGGACAUCGUUGCUACUUGACAUCUAGUAUUGGCCAGUUUCAUCAAGCCCAUUUGAUAGCGGUGACAAUAACCUGUCAAAGAUAAGGUUCCAGCGAUGUUGUCAAAGAUGCGUGACGUCAUAAAUGAACUGUGAACUGUUACUGCAUUGCUACCCCUACUGCAUGUAUGUAUUAGAACUUCCAUAUUCAUCGUAUAAACUAUUACUGCCGAUUCGUUGUUUGUACUGAUCACAUAUUAGUCGGAGUGUCAUGGUUCUAAUUAAUUGUGGUCCAAGCUGAUUCUACAAAACCAUCAAGGCGAGAUUCCACGAGAUGUAUCGCAUUCCACGAGAUGUGUCGCAUUCCGCCAAAGUUAUUCACACAUAGUGGAUGUGUAUUGGAUAAACAUAUUUAUGCUAUCAGAUAUGUAUAAGACAAUAAAUUCUUUGCAUAUGCGAAUAAACAAUUUCAUACUAA